AUGGGUGAAGAGGAGAUGGAAGAAGUGCUCAAAAGCCUUCCCAUGGAGAAACUUCCAGGAGAAAGUUUCGACAUGUUUUGUCAUGGUGUGACUGCAUAUGGGCCGUUUUGGGAUCAUGUGUUGGGGUACUCGAAGGAAAGCCAAGAGAGACCAGACAAGGUGUUGUUUUUGGAAUAUGAAGAUAUGAAAGAAGACCCCAUUUCUAACUACAAAGUGUUCGCUAAGUUCAUGGGUUUACCUUUCUCUGUGGAAGAAGAGAGCAAAGGGGUGAUUGAGGAAGAAUUAAAGUUGUGUAGUUUUAACAACUUGAAAGAUUUGGAGGUAAACAAGAAUGAAAAAAAUAUAAGGGGAAGUCCGAAUAGUAUGUUCUUUAGGAAAGGUGAGGUGGGAGAUUGGGCUAAUUAUCUUACUCUUUCCAUGCUUGAAUGCAUGAACAAGCUCAUGGAAUAA